AUGACCAAGAGUUUCAAGGUGGAUUUGACAAAGUGGUUGGUUCUCGAUGAGGCCGAUCGUCUUUUGGAUCUCGGUUUCGAGAAGGCAAUCAACGAUAUCAUUCAGCUGUUGGACGAGAAGGGUAGUGUCAAUCGUCAGAACAUCCUGGUAUCGGCUACACUCAGCGAUGGUAUCGAACGUCUUGCAGCACUGUCACUUAAGGAACCAGUCUAUAUCGGAUUGGACAAAUCCGACGAUAACAACAACAACAACAGCAAUGAACUUACGGCCAACGAUCAAUUCAACACACCAAAACAACUCGAUCAAAUGUACGUAGAAGUAGAGACAAAAGAACGUUUAGUUACAUUAGUUGCUUUUUUAAAAUGGAUUACAACAUCAUCUUUAAUGGCUGGUAAUAUGUCAAAGAUUAUUAUUUUCUUUUCAUCUUGUGAUUCGGUUGAAUUCCAUCACUAUCUAUUCUCAAAUGUAAAGUUGGAAGCAGAUAAAACAGGAAAGAUCGAACAGAAAGCAAACUCUAUAUUUAAGGAUGGUGGAACGGUUGUUGGUGCCGACGGAAACAUCAAGAAAGAGGAAGUAAAGAAACUACCAAUAUUCUCUGCUACACUUUACAAACUGCAUGGUGACAUCGAUCAAAAACAAAGAACAGAGACAUUUUUAAAUUUCAAGAAAGCGAAAGAAGGUAUUCUUUUGACAACCGAUGUUUCUGCUCGUGGUCUUGAUUUGCCAGCUGUCAAUUGGAUUGUUCAAUACGAUCCUUGUUCAGAUACAAAAGAUUAUGUUCAUAGAAUCGGUAGAACUGCAAGACUUGGACAACAGGGUUCCGCUUUACUUUUCCUCACUCCACAAGAAAGAAAAUAUGUCUUCCAUCUUAAGAAAUUUAAUAUCGAACCAGAGGAAAUGAAAGUAACAACAAUCUUACAAAGUUUAUAUCAUACAACAGAGGGUCAACUUAAAAAGACAAUGAAAACUACGCAAUUGGAAUCACAAGUACAUGAUUUACAAUUAACUUUAGAAAGAUUCAUUUUAGAAGAUAAUCAAGGUAUUGAAAUGGCAAGAUCAGCAUAUAAAUCAUCUUUACGUUCAUACGCAACACACAAAGCAAAUUUGAAAUAUAUUUUCCAUAUUGGUUCACUUCAUCUCGGUCAUGUAUCAAAGAGUUUUGCAUUGAGAGAAACACCAUCUGAAUUGAAUAAAAUAACAGCAAAACAAGAUAAAAUCGCAAAGAAAGAUGAAGAUACUAAAAAGAUGAAAAAGUCAACUGAUUAUAAAAUGAAAAACUAUAUGGAGACUAAUGAAUUUGGAAAUGGUUUGGGUGCUGGAAUGGCAAAUUCUAUCGAUAGAAAACGUGUACAAACCGGUGAAUUCACAAGAACUGUAAACAAGAGACAAAGACAAGAGUCCUCUGAUUAA